CAACUUGCAUGGCGCUUCCAUCUGAGCUCAUCUCCUGCAUUCUCUUCGAACUCUGGGCCAUUCAGUCUUCUACCGAGGAUCACAUUCAAACAUUCUCAAUUUGUUCCACUGUAUCCAAAAAAUGGUCUGCCAUCAUUCAAGACGUGAAUUCAACGCACUCGGUCGUCCCCUUCUCCUAUAAUGGAGGUUAUCUGUAUACCAUCCGGUCAAUGUCUGCAAUACCUAAACCGCUGCUCUGCCGCACCAUUAUAUUCAAGGUGGACUACGUGAUUAGGCCAUCGUCCCUCCAGAAUUCAGGAUGUGAACCCUCCAUUAUAGCUAACAGAGGGAUAGAAUCGAUGCUUCGAAGUCUAUAUCACGGUCCAAAUUCACCUCCAGAUGGCACUCAU